AAGUAACAUAGUGGCCAACUUGCUAUAUCAAGAAAUUUGGUGUGUCUGAAUUUGGUAUAGCCAGGCCUUACUCUACGCGCAAAAAGCAGUGGUCAGGGGUACCCAAGGAUUCACGACGCACGCAUGGGACCAGACCCCACUUACCCCGCCACUGGCAGAAGGUCAAAAAUUUUGAACAAUCUACAACAGACAUCAGACAGACAGAUUCAGUCAUAAUUUCUCAACUCGGUGGUUUACUCCACUCAAAACGACAGUAUAUAUCUACCUCCUCCGGAAUUUGAGCGGAACUGGCCAACAAACAUCCAUCUCUAUUUCACCGCGAGUUUCAUACAUCUGUGGCACCAUGGUCUUGGAAGCAAUCAGGUACAACGAUGGCAAGCUGUCCAUCAUUGACCAAUUGCAGCUUCCAUUCGUUGAACAGUACUUUGAGAUAAGAACGAGCGAGGAGGGAUGGCAGGCCAUAAAGAAGAUGCAAGUUCGAGGGGCACCUGCCAUUGCCAUUGUUGCGGCUCUCUCACUGGCAUCAGAACUCCAAGGACUUCUCACAGAGAACAAAUUACCCCCCAGGGCAGAAGAGGUUGAAGCAUUCAUCAUUGAGCGGUUGGCGUAUCUCGUGAGCAGUCGACCCACGGCCGUAAAUCUUAGCGAUGCAGCCCGCAAGCUCGAGGCAAUUGUGUCCAAAAAAUCGAAAACACCCGAGUCAACCCCGCAAGAAGUUGCGGGUGCUCUCAUCCAAGCCGCGGAGUCAAUGUUGGAAAAAGAUGUCGAGGAUAACACAAGGAUUGGCGAUAAUGGUGCCAAGUGGAUAGUGGCAAAUGCUCUGUCAUCACAAGGUCAAGACGCUACCGUUUUGACGCACUGCAAUACGGGCUCACUCGCGACCGCGGGCUACGGUACAGCAUUAGGGGUCAUUCGUUCUCUACACUCAAGUCAUGUUUUGAAGCACGCUUACUGCACUGAAACGAGACCGUACAACCAAGGAUCACGCCUAACGGCGUUUGAGCUUGUUCAUGACAAUAUCCCUGCCACUCUAAUUACGGAUUCGAUGGCGGCAGCGUUGCUCGCUAGAAACGAGGGUCGUGUGAAUGCGAUCGUCGUAGGCGCUGAUAGGGUGGCUGCGAAUGGGGAUACCGCAAACAAAAUCGGUACAUACGGCCUCGCAGUGCUUGCUAAAUAUCAUCGAGUGAAAUUCCUUGUAGCGGCACCCCUCACGACGAUAGACCUAGCAACAAACUCCGGAGACAACAUCGUCAUUGAAGAGCGACCGGCUUCUGAAGUAACAAGGAUCAAAGGGUCACAGGAAGAUGAUGCUACUGGCGAUUCGAGACUGGGCACGGUUCAGAUAGCUGCCGAUGGAAUCAACGUCUGGAACCCUGCUUUCGACGUUACGCCGGCAGAGCUGAUUGAUGGCAUCAUAACAGAAAAAGGCGUUGCGGAAAAGGGGGCGGAUGGUCGAUUUCAUUUGGAAGGGCUUUUCGAGUGAGUGGGGUUUGAUGUAGAAGUGCCCGAACGACGUUCGCCAAGCGAUUGGGGAUCUGGACCAGCGCCAUUAUUCUGCGAUCCAUCGAGUAUGCUGUUGAUCUUGCUUUCGAGAUCACCCAGUUGCUUUUCCAGCAUAGAUGCAGCUUGUUCCCCACUGCAAGACACUGUCAAAUCCCUUCUUCGAUUUCGCAGGCUUAGAUGACGCAUACCUGGAAAUAUCCUUUAGUAUCUGUACAUGAUGGAAUCGUUAGUAGCUUUCUUCCAAGGUUCAAUGCUGGAAGUCAAAGUAUCGUCGGCGCGCUCAAUAGAGCCCAAUUUAGUAUAUCACUCACUUCUGCAAGAUCAAGGCCGAAUGCCCUGUUAUUAUUCCCGGUUGACUCUGGCAUGACGCAGGGGAGCCUCCUGACUAGUGGACGAUGGAUGCAAGGCUUUAUAAAGUCCAGACUUUCCCAACUUGGCCACCAUUUGCGAAACACAGGUAGGUGAAAAGGGCAUGAACUUAGGUUUUGAUUGAAACUUGAGAUCAGAUGGAUUUGUGUUCAAGGCAC